AUGACCUUUAGCAUUUAGCUCCGGCUUGGCACCGGGCGGGCUUUAGGACCCUGCGGUGUGUGUGGUGAAGACAGGUCAGCCAAGAGCAAUGUUAUGGUGGUUUUUCACCUUUUUAUUUACCGUCUGUGUGUUUUCACCUAUGGUUUUCACCUGAGCUGCUGCAGGAACCAGAUGAACCCUUGAGUCUGGGCCACGACACACUGACACCCCGCCGUUCACAUGCUGCACUGCUGCUAGCUGCGGCUCUUCCCUCCGCUGCUGAUGGAGCACAUCCGACUACCGAAGGUGGAGAAUGUCAAGCUGCUGGACAGACUGUCUCCCAGGAGGAGCAGGGUGGGGACCCUCUACCUGACAGCCACACACUCCAUCUUUGUCGAGAACGAGGCUGGGGUGCGCAAUGAAACAUGGGUGCUUCACAGUUUGGUGUGCAGUGUGGAGAAACACGCCGCCACGGCCUCAGGAUCUGCUCUACUCAUCCACUGCAAGAACUUCCAGGUUCUUCAUAUUGUCAUCCCUCGUGAGCGGGAGUGUCAGGAUGUUCUCCUGUCACUGCAGCGUCUCUCCCAGCCAGUGAGUUACGCUGAGCUGUAUUGCUUCUCCUACAAGCCCAACGUUGACGAGAAGGAGAGGCGGCAGGAAUGGGACUUCUUUGACCUAAAGUCUGAUUACAGCAGAAUGGGCCUCCCAAACUCCCUGUGGAAGCUCUCCCCCAUCAAUCGACACUACAAGGUGAGUGACACUUACCCUGCUGACCUCUUUGUACCUGAGUCUGCCUCACCUCCGAUCAUCGUAGGGAGCUCCAAGUUCAGAAGCAGAGGCCGAUUUCCCACUCUGUCGUACUACUCCAAAGAAAAUCAUGCUGCCAUCUGCCGCAGCAGCCAGCCUCUGUCAGGUUUCAGCGCUCGGUGCCUGGAGGAUGAACAGAUGCUGGAGGCCAUCUUGAGGUCCAAUCCCCGCAGCGACUUCAUGUAUGUGGUGGACACCAGGCCUAAGCUGAAUGCGAUUGCAAACCGAGCUGCAGGAAAAGGCUAUGAAAAUGAAGACAACUACUCCAACAUUAAAUUCCAGUUCAUCGGCAUCGAGAAUAUCCACGUUAUGAGAAACAGCCAACAAAAGAUGCUAGAAGUGUGUGAGCUGCGUUCCCCCUCCAUGUCCAACUUCCUGGAGGGCCUGGAAGGCUCAGGCUGGCUGAAGCACAUCAAAGCUGUUUUGGAUGCAGGCAUCUUCAUCGCCAAGGCUGUAGCAGAGGAGGGUGUCAGUGUCUUGGUUCACUGCUCAGACGGUUGGGACCGUACAGCCCAGGUGUGUUCAGUGGCCUGUGUGCUGCUGGAUCCCUACUACAGGACCCUCAGAGGACUCAUGGUCCUCAUCGAGAGAGACUGGGUCUCAUUUGGACACAAGUUCACCCACAGGUGCAACCACCUGGUCGGGGACCCCAAGGAGGUGUCUCCCGUCAUCGACCAGUUCCUGGAGUGCGUGUGGCAGCUGAUGGAGCAGUUCCCCUGUGCCUUUGAGUUCAACGAGAGGUUCCUCAUCACCAUUCACAGCCACAUCUAUUCCUGCCAGUUCGGCAACUUUAUCGGCAACAACCAGAGGGAGAGGAUCGAGCUGGGAGUGCGUGAGAGGACUCACUCUUUGUGGAGUUAUCUGUGGAUGAACCGCGCAGACUUCAUCAACCCCCUGUACAGGCCGGACCACAGCCAGACUCAGGGGCUCCUCCGGCCCUCUACUGCCCCCUACUGCUUCAAAUUCUGGAGAGGCCUGUACAAUCAUUUUGACCAAGGGAUGCAUCCACGUCAGUCUGUAGAGGAUUACCUUCGGGCCAUCCAAGAGGAGACGCAGCAGCUGGAGGAGCAGCUGACCUCACACAAACAGAAAAUUGCUCAACUGGAGCAGGAGCAUGUGUGGAGAGUCACCCAGAAGACAACCCCCUGUGAUAACAGCCCCACAGCAUGGGGCCUCCUUAAUGAUCUCACCAUGGCCAACACCCCUCAGGACUACACUGGGGACUUCAUCACCAGCAGCCCUGGUCAGCUGAAAACACCAGACAGCAGCCUGAUCCUCCUGCCGCAGGACCUGAACAAAACUUCUGAAGCCAACCUCUCAAACGGCAGUGACCAGGAGUCAGGGAUCGCUGACCUGAGCUGUCGCUCACCUCUCAGCGAGGACAGCACCAGGGAUCCAGACUCAGAUGAGGCUACCUACUCUGCUGCCUGAGCAAAUGUAGCGUGUGGUUGGAGGCCGCAGAACAAACUCCACCUGUACAUUCACCAAGUCAACUGGGUAUUGGCUCACAUCAGUGAAAAGUCUUUGCACUGGGUUACACAGCUGACUUGCACUUUUGUUUGCAUGUUGUGCGGUGGACUCUCCCUUUUGCCACUUAUAUACAUAAUAGUUAAAGUUGUCUGCUGUAGCUGAAACAUUUCAUUCUUACGCCAGGGAAAGAAAUUCUGAAAGUAAUAUGAAAGUUGAAUAUUGUUCAGUGUCAUGUAUGUUGUUUGACAGCAGACUUGACCCAUCAACAUAGAUAGUUAAAAAAGGGGUGAUGCUGAUGUCAUCUUAAAAAGAGUUUCCUUAAGUUAAAAGCAAACUAAGAACAAUCCUGAACAUUUGUCUCUAUGUGUAACAUUGGUGUAGAAGUAUGACUGCUUUUUACUGUGGAUUUCCAUACACGUCAUUUCAUCAUUUUUGCUUUAGAAUGUAAACACUGUAAACGUUAAACACUGCUUCAGUAGUAGAUGACAACAGCCUUAUUUCCAACUAGGAAAGCAUUGUUAGCUAUAAAAAGAUUCCGUGCCGAGAACUCAAUAUAAAUUUUAUAAAGCAAUAAAAGUCAGUUGGCACAGCUCCCAUUAGAAAAAAAUGCUGAUACAUUUUUAAAUAGAAACAUCAUAAAACUGAUGAAACAUUGACAAUAAUGUAAUAAACAAGCUGUGGGGAGAAAAACAUUAUUCAAAAAGAUUGAUCUCCUGCUAAGGGUUUUGAUCAUUUUGUCCGACCCUGUUCUUAAGGAUGUUGCACAUUUUGGUCACUGCUGUUCAUAGACUGCCUGGGUUCAGGAUUUCCAUCUGACCUGAAAGACGAGCUGUGAUGCUCUUCGACACAAAGUUAAGUUUAUAGGUCAGUGUCGCCAUGUUUCAGUCCCACAGUUCAUGUUAUAAACGCACUUCGCACACCACAGUGACCUCAGCUGGUGUUUGUGGUCAUUACACUACAACAACCACUGGUUAGUUGUGACUGAUAAGCUCUGAAUUUUUACUUAAAACAGUGACCAAUCUAAAAACACUUGUCCACAAUAUUUCAACCCUAGAUUUGUUGUGAUCAAACCAAAUGUUUUACCAAAGGGAAAAUAUUCUGCAGGUAUAAAGUGGAGUCGAGGAUAGAACUACUGAGCAGACGAGAGCGUGUGAACAUUAAUAUUCUGCCGUUGAGUGACGCAGAUUAGUGACUGUUUUUUUGAAUAUGUGUGCCAUUUGUAGAAUUAGGAUUAUGUCUAGUGUAGUACACAUUUCUGUAGGUGCACUCCAAUACUGCAAACGAACAAAGUACAGGUUAUCCUGCGAGGCAUGUUAAGAAUAUUUUUGUACUUUUGAACUAUUUUUUUGACUAAUGUAAUCUUUCUUUGAUGCAUGUUAUUUUUUUUAUUUGUACAAGAGUUUGACCUUGUGUGAAAGAAAGAGCUUUAUAUUACUGUGUGUUUGUUCUGGUGGAGAAAGAGCCAAAUUUGUCAUAAUGACCGAAAUGCAAAGUUGUAUCAGUUGUGUCAAUGUUCUCGUGGUAAUCAAUAAAUAAAUAUAAUACUAUCAGUCAAA